AUAUUUUUUUUAUAAUAAUUGUUAAUAUUUUUUAUAAUUAAUUUAAAUAUUUUUUGAAUUCUCAAAAUUAAACGAAGAGAAACAAAUAAAGGCAGGAACCAAGAAAAACAGUCGAGUGUGCCUCCAUUUCUUUGUGGAUUGGAAAGUAGAAGAUUGAAGGUAAAGGAAGGUUGGUUCAUUGGUGCGAUGUGAUAAAAUAUUCUUGCUUCCAACAGAUUUUAGUUUCAAGAUCGCUCAGUUUUCUGUUCUUUCCUUCCCCUUUUACCUGUAUCUUUUUAAUCUCUCUCACGGUUUCUUCCCUUUGAGCAUUUUGAUUCAGAUUUUGAAGGUUCCGUUCCGUGUUUCUCUUCUCUUUGCUUCUUCGAUUCAGGUGAUAGGUGUGUAACUUCUUCGAUUCUGCUCUAUUUCUCUCUCUCUCUCUCUCUGAAUCUUUUUUUUUUUGGGGAUUUUGACAGUGAUAUAAGCUUGUAAUGUAAAGUAUUCAAUGUAAUCAUAUUAUCUUAUUUAAAAAAAAUUACGAUUUUUCUUUACGUUCAUUCUUACUUAUUUUCUUCUUUUAAAACUUAAAAAGCCAAAAAGUGUCAUCGUUUCCAGGUCUGUUGUUCUUUUUUUUCUUCUCUCUCUUCUUCUUCUUUGUCUGCAAAAUCCGUUAACCGAACAUCAAUGGUGGUUUCUGGAGAUAGUAGCAGUAGUGGGGCAAAAACGACGACGUUUUGGGGGUGGUUGUUGGUGGGAAUCGGAUCCGUCGUCUUGCCUGGAUUUCUCUUCACGGCUGCUAUCUCGAAGCUUCUUCCGCCGUUAAAUAAUCCUAUUUUGGCAGCUAUCCAAAACGACAGGAGCAUGGUGGAUACAUUUUUCAACUUGGCAGAUAUCUUUCUAGUGUGUUGAUGAUUGAUCAAAUUAGUAUUCCUUAAAGCAGACAGACAAGAAAUCACUGGCAAGAUCAUUUUGGGAUAGUUUGCUUUUAUGAUAUGAGUGUUUCGGAGGUAUUACUGCUUCUUGGUGCCCCUGACACUUCCAGUUCUUGUGGUUGCUGUAUAUUUCCAUUGGCUUAGCAUGAAAUUAUUUAAGCAUGCAUGACAUCUGUGGCAACCACCAAUGAGAGGAAGACUGAGGUAGUUUGCUCCGCAACGGCGAUUUUGGACAUAUGACUGAUAGAGAGUAUUUUUUUUUUUUUCCUUUUGUUUUCUUUUGUGUGUGUAAAUAGGAAGUUAGCAGAUAGCAGAGGUAAAUUAGAUGGAACACAUUAGAGUCUUUUAUAAUAAUUCUGUCUCUGCUGUUCGAUAUGUAGGUCUCAUUUGUAGUCACAAUGCUCCAUUGCAAUGCAAUGAGAAGCCUUCAUUUGUUUGCUUCCACCGCUUAUAUAUUAAAUCCAAUCCUUUCCUGUAGUUCAUUCCCCAUUGGAUAGAGUUUCCCCAAUUUGUUUUCAUUACUUUAAUUGUUUCUGAUCCUUUUAUAUAUCCCCAGCUCAAAAUAGCUAUAUCGAAGAUUCCAUUUUUAUGAGGUCCAAAAAUUCAAUAGAUUGUAAUUAUUUGAACCGAUGAUGAAAAGUAUUGAAUGAGGAAUUUAGUCUUCUCUCUGGUCAUUAGUACCUGGAAAGCAUUCCCUUUUGUCUCAGCUUUUCUUUUUUUUGUAUUUUUUUUUUCUGAAUAAAAAAGAUUUGCUUGACUGAAUUACUCCUCUUACCUAAUGCAAUCGGUGAUGAUUGAUUAUGAAGUAAUCUCACCAGUGUAGUGCUGUCCACUUCUUUCAAGUUUCACCCAUCCUUUUUGUCUCCAACCACCCCAUCCACCACUAUCGAAAGCUUGACAUCUUUCUUUUUCCUUGCCGUUUUUGAUUGUGGUAAUAAGCUGUCAUUCAUUGUUUUAAGUCAAGCUAUUACCCCCACCAAUGAAAAAGUACAAAUCCAUGCGCACCUCUCUGAUUAAUCUUCUUCCUAUUUUGCAGAAAAGAUGGGCCAAUUUGACAUUAAGGUCAUAUAAGCUAGAAAAUACUUCUUUCCUUCAUUUGGCUCUGAACUUUCUUUUUUUUAUUUUACUAUUCUUUUCUUUCCCUUUCUCAGGCCACUGAACAAGUUGUUUGUUUCUGUCCCUCUCAGCAAACUCUUUCUCUGCCUCUCUCUCUCUCUCCAAAAUUGGCACUGCCAUUCUAGUUGCUGCGAAUAGAACACGUGUCAGAAGGCAGCCCUUUAUUGUUUUCACAAAAAAGAUAGAUUUAAAUUCCAUUUGUCACGUUUUUAUUGGCUGAUGUACUGCAUGCAGACAUGGCAAAAUCCAAUCCAUAAAAAGAUAAGCUAUUUAUGAAGCUCCACUAGUACUUCACUUGCGUUCCAACAGUUUACGGCUCCAUAACCUUAUCCCUCCACACAAAAUGGCCAUUUCCAGUUCUCCAGACUGGUCCUUGGCUUCAACUGAUUCCCACACAUCGAAAACCAGAAAAAAUGGUCUCUUUUCAUCAUGCAAAACCCUUCACUUUGUCUCAUUCCCCACCUCCAACCUUCCUUUAUUCCACAUCUACUCCUCAGGCUGUCCUUCUCCUAUCCUAGAGGAUGCAUCAGCCACUGUGCCCAGCACCAAGUUGGAACUUAAAUUUCAAGGUUCUCAACAAUUGUCUCUUCCAGAUGUGGAUAAUUUAAAUAGUUUUUUGUGUGGGUUAUUGCAAGAUACUGAAAAUGAAGGGCUAGCCUAUGAUUACUAUGAGAAAGCAAAACAAAGGCCAGGGUUCAUACCAGAAAAACCAUUGUUACAGCUUCUAAUCAGGUACUUGGUCCAAUCCAAGAAAUGGGAUUUAGUUAUGUCUCUUUCAGAGGAUUUUAAGCAUUACCAUGUCUUGCCUGAUAGUUAUACUUGUUCAAGAUUAAUUAAUGCGUGUAUUAGAGCUAGAAAAUUCAAGGUUGUGGACACUUUGCUUCAAGUGUUUAAAUCAGAUAAGGUAGUAGCUCUCCUUGCAUUUAAUUCAGCGAUGGCAGGUUAUAAUAAGUUGCACAUGUUUAGAAGCACAAUUGCUGUAUAUGAAACAAUGAAAUUAAAUGGAAUUUUUCAGGAUUCGGAAUCUUAUUGCCAGAUAAUGGAAGCUUAUCAGCACCUUGGAGAUAUGGACAAAGUUGCAGCAUUCUUUGAUGAAUUUGUAAGUAGGAAGUUUGAUUUGACACCAGCUGCACCUCGUGUUUACAGUAUCCUAUGUGAGUCGUUGGGGAAAUCAGGUCGAGCUUAUGAAGCUCUUGAAUAUUUCAGAGACAUGACAAAGAAAGGAAUUCCUGUGAGUUCUUCGGUUUACUCUUCCUUGAUACGCUCAUUUGCGAGCAUUCGCGAUUUAACUGUAGCCGAAGAACUAUUAAAAGAGGCAGCGGAGAGGAGGAUGGUAAGGGAUCCAGAAGUGUUUUUGAAACUUGUAUUGAUGUACAUAGAUGAAGGGUUGCUAGAAAAAACUUUGGAAAUUGUGAGGGUGAUGAAGGAUGCCAACAUAAAGGUUUCUGAUUGUAUUUUUUGUACAAUAGUCAAUGGCUUCUCCAAAAGGAGAGGGUAUCAAUCCGCUAUUGUAGUUUACGAGGAGCUGCUUUCUCAAGGUUGCAAACCAGGUCAAGUAACUUAUGCGUCCAUCAUAAAUGCACACUGCCGUAUUGGUCUCAACUCAAAAGCUGAAACGGUAUUUUCAGAGAUGGAGGAGAAGGGGUUUGAUAAAUGUGUUGUGGCAUAUUCGAGCAUGAUAGCAAUGUAUGGGAAAGCAGGGAGGAUAAGAGAUGCAAUGAAGCUUGUGGCUAAAAUGAAACACAAAGGGUGUCAGCCAAAUGUAUGGAUUUAUAAUUCUUUGAUGGACAUGCAUGGGAGAUUGAAGAACUUGAGACAGGUGGAGAAGCUUUGGAAGGAAAUGAAGCGGAGAAAGACAGCACCAGAUAAAGUUAGCUACACUACUAUCAUCAGCGCUUACAGUCGAGCAAGGGAGUACGAGAUGUGCCUUAAAUGCUACCAGGAGUUUAGACUGAACGGGGGUUUGAUUGAUAAGGCUAUGGCUGGCAUCAUGGUUGGUAUUUUCUCUAAAACAAGUCGGAUUGAUGAGUUGGUGAAGCUUCUGCAGGACAUGAAAACUGAAGGAACUCAGUUAGAUGGAAGGCUAUACCAUUCAGCUAUGAAUGCCCUGAGGGAUGCUGGGUUGGAAACGCAAGCCAAAUGGUUGCAAAAGAAUUUUGAUGCUAAGUAGAUUACAUGCUGUGUGGUGCUCACAAGAAUGGCACUUCACCCUCCCAAAUUUUGAAAUCUGGGGUAUACCGUAUAUGAACAUAUGUUGAAGAGAGAUCUAACUUGUAUUGCUUCCAGCUAUUCAAACCCAAAAUGCUUUGUUAUCAUUAAUUGUGAUUAUUUGAUUUUCAAGCUACAUUCAUUAAGAAAACUCAGGGGAGGGAUAUUCACUGUGACAUGUAUGACGACUCAAGGGAGAUUUUCAAUC